UCCUCUUUUCCACAACGCAGUCAGUUCAGUGUCUCUCCUGCCUUCUCUAUGCCGCAGGUGGUCAGUGUCUGGGUGCGGGACCCUCGGAUACAAAAGAAUGACUUUUGGCACGCCUACAUAGACUACGAAAUUUGUUUGCAGACCGACAGCGUGUGCUUUACCAAGAAGAUCUCGACCGUGCGAAGGAGGUACAGUGAGUUCGUAUGGCUCAGGCAGAAACUACAGGCAAACUCACAGCUAAUGGCGCGGCUUCCAGAGCUGCCCCCAAAGAACCCCUUCUUCAGCCUGAACAGCAGCCGACAGAUCACUGAGCGGAUGAAAGGGCUCCAGAAGUUUUUGGAACAGAUCCUGCAGAACCCUCUGCUGCUGUCAGACAGCUGCCUGCAUCUUUUCCUGCAGUCGAGGCUGAGCGUGUCCAAGAUGCAGGCCUGUGCUGCCGGACAGACCCUCUACUCUGUGGCCCAGGCGGUGCAGCGCUGCGGCCUGAGGCGAUUCCGCUCUGAAGAGGAUAUGCAGAAGGACCCCAGCAUGUCUUGUGACUCUGACUCAGACAGCUCAGAGUGUACAGAUCCAGAGCUUCGAAAUAAAGAUUUUCCAACAAACAAAGCAGACGGUGCAGCUUCGUUCAUGGGGACCAGCCAGGAGGAAACCAUCAGCUGCCCGUGUGGUUCUACAUGAGAACGUCGUUUGACUGGACCUGUGAAAAAUACAUUUGCCUGUUACCCCGUCAUACUCCAAAGUACUUUAAGUAUUUCACUUAUUCUAUUCUCAUUGGGACGUUUCAGUUUGAACCAUGUACAGUCUGUUCGUAGCUAAAAGGUUGUAGCAACAACUUCCCUGGAGAUGGCAGUGUUGGUACAUCCAUCUGUUUGUAUAACUACUUACCCCAUGAGCACACACAUCGCAACUGUACAUAUUGACUUCAUAAACAAGCCCAGCAGAAGCGUCUCUAAUUAUGGUCAUUCACAAGGUGUAUUGUUACCAAUUGUGUCCAGAUUAAAAAUCCUCAAGCAGU